AUGGGGCUAUCCCGGGGAGCUCAUCUCUCGCGCGCUGAAAAAGGCGAACAUGGACUGGCCAGGGGAGGACGUGUUCGACCCCCGGCAACUGACAUGCCGUUCAUGGCCUGUGGAUGUUCCCGGUCCUGA